AUGAAACAGGAGGGCUCGGGGCGCCGCCGCGGCGCGGACAAGGCAAAGCCGCCGCCGGGCGGAGGGGAGCAAGAACCACCGCCGCCCCCGACUCCCCAGGAUGUGGAGAUGAAAGAGGAGGCGGCGGCGGGUGGCGCGUCAGCGGGAGAAGCUGACAGCAAAACGGCGGCGGCUGAGCACUCCCAGCGAGAGCUGGACACCGUCACCUUGGAGGACAUUAAAGAGCACGUGAAACAGCUGGAGAAGGCAGUUUCGGGCAAGGAGCCUCGAUUUGUGCUAAGGGCCCUGCGGAUGCUCCCUUCCACAUCACGUCGCCUCAACCACUACGUUCUGUAUAAGGCUGUACAUGGCUUCUUCACCUCAAAUAAUGCCACUCGAGACUUCUUGCUACCCUUCCUGGAAGAGCCCAUGGACACCGAAGCUGAUUUACAGUUCCGUCCCCGAACAGGAAAAGCUGCAUCAGCACCCCUCCUGCCUGAGGUGGAAGCCUAUCUACAGCUCCUCGUGGUCAUCUUCCUGAUGAACAGCAAACGCUACAAAGAGGCACAGAAGAUCUCUGAUGACCUAAUGCAGAAGAUCAGCACUCAGAACCGCCGGGCCCUGGACCUUGUGGCCGCAAAGUGUUACUACUAUCAUGCCCGGGUCUAUGAGUUCCUGGACAAGCUGGAUGUGGUGCGCAGCUUCUUGCAUGCUCGGCUCCGGACAGCCACCCUUCGGCAUGAUGCGGAUGGGCAGGCCACCCUGCUGAACCUCCUGCUGCGGAACUACCUACACUACAGCUUGUACGACCAGGCUGAGAAGCUGGUGUCCAAGUCCGUGUUCCCCGAGCAGGCCAACAACAAUGAGUGGGCCAGGUACCUCUACUACACAGGGCGAAUCAAAGCUAUUCAGUUGGAGUACUCAGAGGCCCGGAGAACAAUGACCAAUGCCCUUCGCAAGGCCCCUCAGCACACAGCUGUCGGCUUCAAACAGACGGUGCACAAGCUUCUGAUUGUGGUGGAGCUGCUGCUUGGGGAGAUCCCAGACCGGCUACAGUUCCGUCAGCCAUCUCUCAAGCGCUCGCUCAUGCCCUACUUCCUUCUUACUCAAGCUGUCAGGACCGGAAACCUUGCCAAGUUCAACCAGGUCCUGGACCAGUUUGGAGAGAAGUUUCAAGCAGAUGGGACCUAUACCCUAAUCAUCCGACUACGGCACAACGUCAUUAAGACAGGUGUGCGCAUGAUCAGCCUUUCCUAUUCCCGAAUCUCCCUGGCCGACAUCGCCCAGAAGCUGCAGCUGGAUAGCCCAGAGGAUGCAGAGUUCAUUGUUGCCAAGGCCAUCCGGGAUGGUGUCAUUGAGGCCAGCAUCAACCACGAGAAGGGCUACGUCCAGUCCAAGGAGAUGAUUGAUAUCUACUCCACCCGUGAGCCCCAGCUGGCCUUCCACCAGCGCAUCUCCUUCUGUCUAGAUAUCCACAACAUGUCCGUCAAGGCCAUGAGGUUUCCUCCCAAAUCGUACAACAAGGACUUGGAGUCUGCAGAGGAACGGCGCGAGCGAGAGCAGCAGGACUUGGAGUUUGCCAAGGAGAUGGCCGAAGAUGAUGAUGACAGCUUCCCUUGA